AUGUCGGCAUUCCGGAGGAUGCAGCAUGCGCUCAUCGCCAACAUUACACGCGACAACCGAAAUGUCAGUUUUUUUUAAAUAUUUGAUUUUAUUGAGUUUCAUGUGAUAAUGUGAUAUUAACUGAGAUAAAAUUACGGAUGAACCCUCUUCGCACUUGGAAUGGUUCGGAACGUCGCAUUGCAGUUAGAGAUAAAUCUACAGAAAGCUGGAAGACUUCUAAGAUUUUGCUUUGAUUCCGGAUUUGUCGCCGCCGCGGUAGCCGUUUCAAGUCGGUUGCGCCUUGAAGCAGCAUUUCGACGUUGAGACAUUCUUCAUGCGAUCAUGAGUCUCCAACUUCGUUCAAAUCGGGGAUGGAGAGUUAUGUUGAAGAAAGAGUAGAUCCAAAUAUUGAAGGAGAUGCAGAAAUGUCUCAUAUAAAUGAUGAAAAAAGAGAAGCUUUUUCAACAUAUUCGUGAUUCUUUUUUACAAGUUCUUCGAAAACUUCCGGUUAUUUGCCAAUUCCUCGAUUUAUUGAAGCGGAAAUGAACGUCAUGGACGUCGAUCUCUCAACUUGGAACAUGAGAAAUGGAGUUUUGGAAAGAGAUAUCGGGAAAAAUUUAGCCUUUUCCGGCAUUUUCAGCUUUUUUGGUCGUCGUUGAUUUCAUCUUUUUUUGAGGCUUUCAUGGGCUUCCCCAAAAAAACUACAAACCCAUUUUUUUCGAAUAUGUCAUAAAUAUUCCACUUGAAUCAUCUUUUUUUCAUGAACAUUCUUUAAAUCAAUACUUUUUUGUUUGACCUUUAAGUUUUUUUUAGAAUUGCUUUUGACUUUUUAGAAGUUGUAAAAAGGGGUUUCUAUGAUUUUCCAAGCGCUCUAGGUUAGUUAUUCAAUAGUAAUUGAAAAAAGAAAAAGAAAAAGAAAUCUGUACUCUAAAAAUUCGAGCUCGAUGAUUAGGAAGCUUCUGGUCUGCCAAGGAUCAAAAAAUCGUUCUUUUUUCUUCCACUCUACUGGUUAUCUUCUCAUUUGCGCUUGAAUUGAACUUGAUUUUAUUCAGAGAUUUUGAAAAAUAGCUCUAAAAACCCUUGUAUAGUCCCAAUUUGUAUUGGCCAUGAAUAUAAUUCAGAGGGUCUUCAAAUGUUUUUAACCCCAUUUUUUGAAUCUUCACAUUUAUUUUAAUUUUUCUCACGUCCUCAACUCAAAUACAUUGAAUUUUCAUUCUCCCACGGAAUCUCGAGAAAGUUCCCCUCAUUUUUUUCAUUUCUCCUUGAAUAUUCAAUUGAGAAACAUGGAAGGCUUCAUGUUUCCGAGAAUUUUGAUUAAUUUAUGAAUUUGAACUUUUUUUUCAAGUUAAACCGGUUUAUUAAAGGAGCAUGGCUUUCGAUUUAAUCAAAACUAUUUUCAAGGAGGAAAAAUUUUUGAGCAUAAAUGCUACUAAAAAAAUUAAACUUCAACGGUUUCACAAAAAUUUUUCAGUAAUAAAAAGUUGGUCUUCUUGAAAGAGAAAAAAAUAUAUAUUCUAUUGAAUUCAAGAUCCAAGUGAACUCGUCAGGGUUCACACUGAUCUGUCAAUAAAUUGUUACUAUCAAAGAGCCAGUAUAUUUUUUUCCUAGUUUUUCUGUCCAAACUAUCCCAAUUCUUCUUCUUUGAAAGUUCACAGUCGACACAAGUUCUCAGUGGGGAAAAAUUGGCCCAAUUACUGAAGAAAACAAGAAAAAAAGGCUCACUUAGAGAAAAUAUUUCCGUUAUUCUUUUGUAAUUUCAAGAUUUUCGUGAAUAUUUUGAUUGUUUUCUGAAAUUUAGAAGGAUAUGUGUAUCUUUAGAUGAUCCUUCUAAAACUGCGUCAUUGAAAAAAAUUGAUGAAAAAAAUAUUUUUCCUUUUCUUCUGUUCAAAAAGAUUUGGUUUUAGAAACUUGAAAACCAAUCUAUUAGUUUUUUUCUUCAUUUUUUUAAAGAAUCCUAAAAAUUUUAAAGAAAAAAAUGGUGUAACAAAAAAAGUCUCAAAUUAAUCGGAAGAGCGCACUUGAGCUCUUUUUGCAAUUUUCAUUGAAAAAUCAAAUUUUGAAUAACACAAAAAAAAAUAAUUGGGUAAGGCUUUGUGCGGCUAUUUCUGAGAGAAAACUUAUUUUUAGCAAGUUCUAUUUGUAACUCAUGUUUCCCAAGAAUUUUCUGAAGAUUUUGGGAAAAUUUGGCUUAUUGCCAACAACGAGGUUCCUUAUUUCAAGCCUCAAAAACGAGGAUUUUCGCGACGAUUCGAGCUUUUCCAGUUCCCAUUUUUGCAAAGUCUGCCCUUUAAUUUGGAUGAGCUCAUCUUAUGUUUUAUUCCAAGUUCAAAUUUGUUAUUCUAUUCAAAGCGGGAAGUUUAGUAGACAUUUCGUAGAACUGGAAAUAUUUAUUUAAUUGUGGGAGGUUUUUUUUUGUUGACUUGACGUAGUCUAUAUGAUUCACAGCAAUUUUUAUUGAUUACUUAAUUUUUUUUUUUCGAGUUUCAUCGUCGAGGUCCGGCGAAAAUUGCUCAGAGAUGUUACGAUUACUUGCUAUAACAGUCAAAAAAAAUUGUUUGACUCGGUUAGCUAGAGGGUCGUGUGAAAUCGAGCUCUAUAGAUAAAGAGUUUGGGAACUGUUUUAGAGCAAAAAUAAAAUCAAAAAAAGAAAGAUAAUCUGGAAAAAAACAUCCUAAAAUAAAACAGAAAUGCUGAGAAUUAAAUACGAAGAUUAUUUAGAUUUGAAUUUUUUUGAGAUAUCAUUUGUAAAAUGAAAUUUCAUGCACGCGCUUUCGUUUGUACACGAAAAAACUUUGAAAAUCUUAGAGCUGUCAGUUUUUAAAACUAUAAAUGCAUUUUACUUUUUUUCUGAGUUUCAAGAAUUGGAAUAGUCCAAAGACUAGGGUGUCACCAUUUUUAGGGUCUUUUUUCAUUACCUUCUCUUUUUUUCCAAUUAAGAAUCUUGGAUCAAAGCACACCGAGAAAAAAAAAGACGCACUAACGAGUGACAGCAAAAAAGGCAAUAUAUUGCUGCUGCUCUGCUUGGAUGGAAACAAAUAAAUGACAUCCAUUUCGGCCCCUUUUAUUUUCUUCCAUUCAUUUUCUUUUUCUUAUUGUCUUAGAAAAAGCCUUUCUUCUUUUCGCUAUGAAUAAAUGUGGAUUUUUUUUUUUAACUUGCAAAAAACCGACAAAAGAUUAUCUUUGUUUGCAAAAAGAUUAUCCCGAGAAGGAAAUAGCAAACAUACGUGAGUGCGUUUUUUUUGCUCAUUAAAAGAUUAAUUCAACCACAUUGGCCGUUUUUGUUCUGGUUUCAACUUGGAUAUAACCAUGCGGCGUCGGCAGAAGUAGGCUUCGCCUCUUUUGAAAAAUCAAAAAUAAAUUCUCUUAGUUUUGAACAGUCUGGCCUGUUUAAGAUUUUGCUUGAACCAUUAGACUUAUCAUCGUUUUUCAUGCCUUAUAAAAACGUGCGGCACUUGCAGAAUACUCCGCUCUUUCUAUAACACAUUUGUGAAGCGUUUCUAACUUGAGUAAGUUCGUGAAACGCUAUUUUGUUUCGAUUUUUCAAAAAACAGAGUGUUUGGCGUCUGGAAAUGUUGAAACGUGCAGUUGUUGCAAAAUUAGUCUCCUCCCCUUUUUCUGCGCACUAUACUGUAUAAAAUGUUCAGUAAGGGAAGUCCUUUGUUCCGGCUCUAUCAGAACCUUGCAAAGGAACACUUUUUCGUUCGUUGCAAACUGAGAAGGUCCUGAAUUAUAAAUUUGAGCAGUGAGCCAUUGAAGUUUUUCUAGGGCUGCACUUUUAGAUUUGACAUGGGAUUUUUUUGGAGCUAAUUUUGGAGUUUUAAGAAUAUUGAACAACAUUGAGCCAUUGGCAGACCUGGAAGCUUUUGAAAAUAGAAAUCUUGAGAAUAAAAAUAUGUUUUUUGGCCCUCAUUCGGCGCCGAAUUAACAAUGCAAAAGAAGAAUAAAAAGAAGAGAAAAAAGGAGAAAAAUAACUUCUUCUUCUUCUUUUUUUUCUUGUUUUGUUUAGAAUUUUAAUUCUUCUCGUCCUAUUUUCUGUUUUGAGACGAGUAAUUAUCCGUUUUUGUAUUCGUUUCGUUUGUUUUGACGACUCGCUGAGAUUUCUCCUGGGCCCCUGAGAAAUUUGGGAUGGUGGUUUUUUCCCCCACCCAGCACUCGUUAGAAGGUUUCUCUUUGAUUUUUAAAAUAUUUUCCCAGUGUAUCCAAUAAUUUUUAAGUUUAAUUUUUUUGAUUGAGGCACUUUGAGAAGGCUUGACACCUCUUCAAACAUAAAAUGAAAUUAGUGCGCUCGAAAAGAAUGGAAACGAGGGGAAUUUCCUUUUUUUCUGCAAUUUUCGGUUGAACAUUUUUUUGAAAUUUUUUUAUUGUAAGUGCGCCAAAUAAAGGCGAUUUUUAAUAAUUUUUCUUUCUUCAAGAAACAUCAUCAUUUAAACCUUAUUUUUUUCAACUUCCAAAUUUGAAAAAAGCUCAUGUUCUACAUGGUCCUACAGCCGAAUCUAGCAGCCUUCUCUGAUUUUUUUCGAUAUGUUCCUGCGCAAAUUGUUUUGUGUCUGGCGCACUUUGAAUCAGCGUCUAGCCAUUGCUCUCAUCAGUUUCUGAGUUGGAAAAAAUAGAUAAAAUCUCUAAAUUUUGCUCAGCAAAGUUUGUUUUGUUCUCUAUUUGAACCAUUUAUCAACAUUUCCUUCAUUAUUUUCUCUUUUUUUUCAAUUUUUCUCAUCUCAUCACUAUUUAUCAUUUAAUGUUUCGCUGAAGUUUUUUUUCUCAAAUCGCAGCUGGAAAUUUGAAGUUUAAGGGGAUUUUCUGUAUUCUUUUGGAUGUUCGGCGGGACAAAUUGAAGAAAGACCUGGAUGUCCAACUUUCAGCAACGGCUCAAUGUGUUUCGAAAGCAAUUUCACGCCAAGGUACAUCUGAUAAUCGUCUUUUUUACGCCUUAUUGUCGAAAAUGGAACUAGGAAUCUCUGCCCUUUUUUGGCUUUUUCAGAACAUUUUUGAUUUUUUUGUUUCGAAAACUUAACGGGGAGAUUUUUUCGUUUUCUUCUAAUCUCUGAGUUUUUGGAUAGUGAAAAAGUGAAUUUUGAUAGCCAUGAAAAAUAAUUAUUUAGGGUUCUUUGGUAAUGAGGAAAAGUUCAAAAUGGUAACUUGAAAAGUUUUGAGGUUUUCAGUGGCCUCGGAAGUAGGUGAAAUGCUGUUUUUAUUUUCCUAACGGUUUAAGAGACCACUCAAAAGGUUCAAAAGUUCAAUUGACCAAAUUUGGAGUUGCUCUGAUUUUUCAAACUCUUCAGGACUUCAGUUUUCUAUUAGGCGCAGGCUUGCGACCGUAAGGUCGCCAUUUGGGGUUUAGAGAGUUGAAGUUGUGUUUCGAGAACUAAUGACUCCUAAAGGGGUCACUUAGACGGCUUUCGUCUCACUUUUUCACAUAUAAAAAUUGUCUAGGGACCUUUAUUUUCAUGAAUUUUCUCAGUAUCAACGUAAUAGUGAGUCGAGAACGCGAAAACAGAGAACUUUCAUUGUACUUGUAACAAAAGAAGAAAAUAUCAAGAUAACGAGAAUUCCUUAUAUCAAAGGUACGAUUUUAGGGUGCUAUUAGGGUUAUUUUUUUCAUGAAAAUGUUGACCGGAAAAAGUUCAGAAAAAGUGGUCUUCGUACUUUUUUUCUAUCUAAGAUGAAAAAAAGAUACAUUUUAUUUUUUUGAAAAAUUUUUUUAAUUAUUUUUUUACUUUUUUUAGGUAAAAAACAAUUGCAAUUUUUUUGUUCAGUCAAAUAAAUUUACCCGCUAAACCCUAUUUUGUGGAAAUUUCAGUUGAUUUCACUCCUACAUUCAAAUUUUUUUCGUUUUAUUUUUUUCAAUUUACAGUGAAUUCGAAAGAUCACGAUGAUGUUUGCAAUGGAAUGCUUCUCACAAUCGUUGAUUUCUAAUCUUUAUCAUCUAUUUUUUAAUGGAAAUUUACUUUUUCGAUUACCAUCCCUUUCAUAUCCUGGAAACGGCCGUCGUAUCACAGGAAAUCAUUUAUUUUCCCAUUUGUGGAGAGAAUAUUGUCUUUUUGGGCCGGGAAAAAAUUGACGUUUUGUUUGAAUAUUAUUAGUUCGGCGUAAUAAGUCGAGUAUUUGUGGCUUCUUUUCAGAAGAAGCCUUGCCCCCAGAAAGACUCGAGAGAUUAGUCUUUAUUUCUUAUUUUUUGAGCCUUUUUUUAAAAUAUUGAUCGGGGUUUUCGAGAAAAUAAUAAUCCUUCUUUGAGUAGGAGAGUGAGGAUCAAGUUUUACAAUUUUUGAAUAUUUCUCUCAAAAGUAUCAAAGAGUCACUAUUACAGUACACUCUUACUUACUAGUUAGGCAAAAUCUCAGUUUUAAUGCGAAAAAUUGUAAUUUUUAAGUCUUUCGUUGAAUUUCCAAUGAAUUCUCGAGCCAGCUCAUAAUGAUAUUCAUUUGUUAGCUUCCUAUUUAUUUUCGCCACUUUAUUAGGGACGAACUUUGAUUUUUGAAUUCAUAACUUUUUUUCUUAGUAACUGUUAUUGUUAUCAAGCUUGCAAAUCUUGCAUUUAGUACAUUAAAAUUGUGUUUUCGAGCAAUUAUUAGCUAAUUUUAUUGACUAAUGUGUAAUUAAUGAACCCAAAAGGAAGGUUUUCUGAUUUGCAGGAAUACUGAGAAGCAGAUAGAACGCUUCGAAAUUUUUUCUCGUGUUUUGAGUUUAGUUUGAAUUUUGUGAGAUUUUGAAUUUUCGAAACCUUGAAAAUAAGGCUGAAUCAAGGAUAUCGAUCCUUUUUGAAAAUUUUUUAACCAAAAAGUAGUUUUGAAAACUUGGUUUUCAUUUCCCAAACACCUUGGAAAAGAUUCGUUCUUUUGUGAAACUUUCAAUAAAAUUUAUUGCGCCAAAGAAUCUUUGAGAGCUCGACAUUUUUUUUUCUUCUUUGAAACUCGUGAAACAUUUACAAUUUUCUCUUGGCUUUUUGCUCUCUUCAAGUGGGUUUUCGGAGUUUUUUUGCCCUGAAAGUUUUCUUUUUGAAGCUAGUUUUAGAUUUUUCCGCGUAUUCUGGAGCAUGUCCAAAGAAAGAAUACCUUAAAAUACUUAUGGUUUGAACUGUGUGCUUUGCAUCAUUUCCACGAACUUUACUUGGGGAUGAAACUCCUGUAUUUUUUCUUCAUUCAGAUGAAAAUCGCUCGAUGGGCAAGUUUUUUCUCUCUGUUAUCAUAUCCUUAUCAUUACCAUGUUUUUAUGAACAUUCGCUUCGAUUUGAAAUUUCGUGGCCGCACAGAAAAUGGCUUUGAGCAUCACGGUCGCGUCAUUUUUAAAUUGAAACUCCUUAGCUUAUUCCAAUAUUUUCCGAUGUCUCCGCCCAAAAUCGCUUACAGUCCGGCGCAUCUUGCAGCAGCUUUUCAGUCAUUCCACCUGCGACCUCAAGCUAUCAACUCAUGUUGAGAUACGUUUAGUAAACAUCUGAAAAGAAGUACAGAAACUGAUCUCCGCUCGAAACUUCACUUCCAGAAAGAGAGAAGGGAAAAGAAGAGAGUUCGCAACUUCAAACGGAAGUAAAUUCAAAUUAAAGGGGGCCGCAAUCUUCCCAGCCAUUUAUUUUCCAGCGCAUUCAAAAAUUUGUAUUCACUUUAAGUUGGCUCUAUUUCGAGAGCCAGUUUUUUUAGAAAAAAAAUUUUUCAAAAAGUAAAAAAACUUUAUUUAUGAGAUUUUUAAAAAGAAAAAAAAGUUUUUUUCUGAAAAAUUGAAACAAACAUUUAUUCGAAUUGGGUACAGUAUGAAGCUUGUCCUUUGAUACAUAACUAUAUUUUCUUCUCCAGCCUUUGGAUUUUGUUUUUGCUGUUCUCUUCCUAAGUUAUUCAAAAAACUGGCUAGAACCACUAGAAUUUCUUGAAAGCUUUGAAAAAUCAUGUGCGAUGCUUAUUAUACGUUUUCCUUCUUUCAUUUGAAUCAAAAUUGCUUAUUUUUCGUCUGGACUCAAAAUUUUGUGUAUAUUUCGUCUAGAUAUGUGUUUUCUUGCAGCGGAUUAUUGCUUAUUUUUUUCUUUUUGUCUUUUGUAGCUUUUUAUUGGAAUUUGAUAUUGGAUUUUUCGGGUUUCUUAGGAUGCUAUUGUUAUAACUGGGGUAGAUAUUAGUUUUCGUGAUCUGAAAAAAAUUUUCUAGUUUUUAUCAAUUUUUCUCUUUGAUUUUUUUCUUAUGAAAGAGGUGGAAGGGAGGGUCUAUGUAUAAAUUUUUAGUUUCUUUUCAACUUCCACGUCUACUUAACGACUCCAGCGUACAAAUUGUGAUUGACAGUGAAAAGAUUUUUGCUUUUUUACUUUUUUUUUCAAAUAUAUUUUUCUUUUAAAUUGUCGAAUUUUCUCUUCUAAAGUACUGAUAUUCCAAAAUUUUUCUUCUGCGAUACCAACUACAGACAGUAACCUCUCGGAACUUUGCAGAAUUAACAUAUUAGAAGGUUUUAAGUUACAACAAAGAAUUAUGGAAAAUAUUAGAACCGGAAAUUCUAUCCUAAUCGUGCCGCCAGACUCGUUACUUGAUACGUCUGACGUCGACAAAAAGUCAAAUAUGAAAGUAGAUUUUGAAUUUCAAGCCUUUUUUUGGAGUAGUCUAGAGUCUUUUUCUCCUUUUGUUCCCAAUAUCCAAUUAACUUUGAAAGGACCGAUUUUUUCCGAGAUUUCUGGUGGUUUUUUUUUACAUGUGACCACAAGUUUCAAGAACUUUUAAAGAAAAAUUCAAGAAUUGAAAGCUUUUUAUUUCAAAGCUAGUGCCAAAAAAGACCCCAAAAAGGAAUUUUUCUCUUUUUUUUAGUGAGCUGCGGGAACUUUUCCCAUCAAACGUCAAGAAAGAAACGUAUCAUCAAGUGAGAAAAAACGGCUGUGGCCAAAAAUUUUAUAUAUCCAUUUUCCAUAUUUUUUUUUCAGCAAGACGUUACCUUUUUUCAAAUCAGAAAAACGACUGUAGUGCAUAUAUGGGAUGAGAAUGACUGGCGACAGCCAAUUUUUUUCUUUACGGUUUUUUUGCCAACCCCCAUUUUCUCGCUUUUUGCCAAGUCCCCCUUCACCUUGUUUCUGGUCCCACCGAGACUAUCCCACGUAUGCUGUAGUGUCCGUCUUGACCUUCGCUCAGACUGUUGCUGUUCAAAAAUCUGAAACUUUGUUCUCAUCACUUCAGAAUGACUCUCAUGAUUCCUCGAGACAUAAUUACCGUUCCGGACCGGUUCUCAUUAACAUUUUCCGCCUAGGUUUUGGUAAUUCUUCAAAAAAAUUCUUCAAAUACUCGCUUGGAAUCGAUUUUACUUCGUUUUAAUCAAUAUUAGGGAAAUUCCUUUAAAAAAAAAUCGAAAAAUCCAAAUAUGAUCUUACAGUAUUUCUUGUCUUUGAUAUAUUAUUUUCAUUUUCGAAUAACUUCACAGUUUUUAAAAUGAUAAAUUUGUCCAUGAAGAGUAUAAGAGCCCAUCAAGCUUCAAGUUAUAAUAAAUAUUCUACUUCGAAUGUUCAAAAAAUAAAUUUCCUAUUUCUACCUCAAAGAGGAUUCCUUUCAAUGUCAAGGGUUUGAAAAAAACUCGUUUUUAAUUUCACAAUAGGGAAAUCUUCGGAUUUUUUGGAAUAUUUCGGAGAAAUUUGCGCGUCAAUUUUGAUACUCCCUGAAUUUAGGGCCAAAUUCGUUAAAAAAUGAUUUUUGCUUUUUUUUCGGUAACUUUUUUUCGGUGACUAAUGUAGGAGGGUCUCUCAUGAAGUUGAACAUCAAAUAAUGCCCGAUUUUUAUCUUUUCCCUCAAUUUUUUGAAUCUACCAGCGUCAUCUCGGACCCCGUGUCGAUUCAAGGUUGUAUUUGGCUCAUUUCCAGUUCAUUCGGGCCUCGAUAAUUUGCCAAUUUCGGGCAUCCGAUGAAGCCCUCCUCCUACGAAACAACUCCAUUAGCCUUCUUUUCCCUUUGGAUGCACUCCACGACGACAAUUUGCCAUUUUUUUUUUCUUCAGUUUCCGUCUUUUUCGCUUCCGUGUUUAAUUGCAAUGACUUACAUAAUUUUCAUUCAUUCAGCUUGCCUCUAUCAGGCUAGAAACUUUCUUAUAUCGAAAACUGCUGUCUAGAAUGAGUCUAAAAAUUUUUUUGAGAUUGGCUGAUUUCGGAAUAUUUUUUUUAAAAAAUUCAAAAAAAUUAAAUUUUUGAAUGUACUCACAAUGUCAGUUGAGCAAAUUCAAUUCCAAUGACUUUUAUAAUUUUCAAAAGCUGAUAUUUUGCGCCUGCCCCUAUCUGACUGGAAACCUUUUUUCGGUUUUUAUAAAUGGAACCUUUUUUCGGAAGUUUCUUGGCUUUCAUUGAACUCGUUUAUUAUUUUUUCUUUAAAAGUCCCAUCAAGUGGUGUCCAAACUCAGAAGAGCCCGGCUUAGAAGCCAACGGCGCGACCGACCCAAAACGAUUUGCGCGAGAUAGCAUUAGAGCGUGCUUUUAGCUAUGAGACAUUACACUUGUGACCAAAUCCAGAAGAUUUUCAGAAAGUUUUCCGAACUUUUGCUUUAAUGUGUGAGGCCUUUACGAUUUUUCCGAUUUAAUUUUUCAUGAGCUCAUGUUCUGACUUAUUCAAAAGUGUGGAGGAGUUUAAAAAGGCGUUUGGAGCCGCCAAACUUCAUUUUUUUUUUUCGUUUUUCUACUCUGUAAAAUUUUUAGAAAUUCUCCGAUUUCAUCUACAUUUUUCAUAUUCAACUUGAAAGCGACACCUUCAAAAUUUCAGUUUAUCGUGAAUGAUACGAGAAAAAUAUGUUAGGUUGAUGUUUUCAGAUGUCGCUGCUGGACACGGAAGACCUGACGGGCGGCGAGAUCAUCUUCGCCGACGACGUCCAGGAAGAAUCCAGUCUGAUCGCCGACCUCUUCAGAAGGCCUUCAAGUCUCGGCAACAAGUAUGAUUUUUUUUUUUUCGAUUUUCUGACAAGUGAGCAGAAAUCACAAAAAGUAACAAAUGAGCAGAGAUUGUGAGCAGAGAUCAGAGAAUAAUGCUUUUUGGAGAUUAAUGAGAACGUCGGCUGGAAAAAGUGAGAGAUUAAUGGGGCUUGAAGAGACGUCAGACAACGAGAUCGCCUUCAUUCUUUUGCGUCUCUUCGGCCCGCCGCUGAUCUCUCGUCUGUUUUUGAUAAAGCUCUUUCAAUCAAAAAAAGUUUUAAAAACGGCUUCGACUCCCCAACAAAAGUAUUAAAACGGAAGUUUGAAUUAGGUUUCUCCAAAAACGUUGGGGAAAAGGGUUUCACAGAAGUUUAGGAACAUUAAUGAUUUGAUUGAGAAAAGGUAUUGUAGAAAACUUGAUGAAAAUUUAAUUCGUUUUUUUGUUAGUUUUUUUUUUCGGAAAUUGGGAUGUUUUGUGGAGGGUUUCAAGGGCUCUGAUUGCACGUCAAGCAUCAAAAAUCAAUGAAAAGUUGAUUUUUUGCAUCCUUUUCUUUUUAUCGACUUGAAAUCGGACUUUCUUUUCUAAGAUUGAAAUUCCCGCUUGAAACGAUGAUGUCUAGCGGAUCCACGGAACAAAUCUAAAACUUUUGAAGUCACAUUAAAAACAUAAAGUGGCUUCAGUUUCUCAAAAAACUUUUCGGGGAAACGAACUCCACGAAAAAAAAGUCGAAUCCAUAAUCAAGAAAAUGACAUUUUCAGCCAUUCCCCUACUCUUUUUUUUUGCUCGUCAUUAUCUAUUCGUCACGAACUCGUGUCCAGCCGUUUGCCAGAAAAACUUUACUUCUUGUUUUUUUUUGCAGCUUUAAGGAAGAAGAUCCUGGUUUAGGGAUAUUAAUUCCCACUUAAGUAAUUUUAAACAACAUUUCAAAACCUGAAAAGGCAUCGCAUUUUAGGAGUUUUCAUUGUAGACCUGAGAUAGGGUUUUCAAUUUUUCAUGAAGAUUUUUCUGAAAAGAAGAUCUCUACUACAAUAUAUCUAUCACCAACGUCAUAUUCGAUGUUGAGUCUUUAAUCUGUUUACACUCGUCUCUCAAAGAAAAGUGCAUUCAUCCCCCAUCUGCCAACGGAAAACGAAUCUGUUUUCUCAUCCACUAAUUUCAAUGUCUUCUUUCUUUAUCAUUCAUAUUGUUUUUCAACGGCUCCGUUGUCUUUUCUAAACAUAUAUAAAUCAGCUUCGACUUAUAUUUCAGUUGGAAUAAUAUAUAUUCAAGCCUCUUUUCUUCUCGAAACAUUAAGGAAAUUAUCGAAGUUGGAAUAUAAUUGAUACUGUCUCAAACAUAUUAUCAUCUUUCCAUCUUCAUCAUAAGGAAGUUUUGAGAGAUAAUACGCUAUAAAAAUGUUGAUUUUCACUCAAUUUACAAUUCAACACCUCUUUUUCUUGUUGCUGGACUUAUUUUUUGCAAUUUUUGAGUGUUUUUCGGACGACUUCCAGUCUGUUUAUUUUUGAGUUAUUGAGGUUGGAACAGGUUUUUCUGUUUUUAAAUUUUUUUAAACUUCAAUCUAAAUAAUUUGAGAGGUUAUCCGAGAGUUGAGAAUGCUGUAGUGAUUUUUUUCAAAAGCUCGGACUCGUCCAAACUUUUCUCAAACUUCGUCCACAAAAUUCAAGAAUUUUUCAGCUCUUUGAGGAUUGAAAGUUAGGUUCAAAACGCUGAAGUGAUCGCUCUGAAAGCUUUUUGAAGCUUUUCACAUUCUUUUGCAUUUUUUUCACUUGUCUGAUAAAACUUAUCAAAUUUUUCUUUUUUCCAUCAGAGUAUGAAUUUAUAGCUUUCUAAAAAAACAUUGCUCAAGGGAUCACUAAGAAAUUUCAGAGGAUAAUUAGUCAUCCUUUUCAGAUUUUUCCAAUUUUCGGUCAGUUGUUUACAUAUUUCGAGAAGUCAUCCAAAAGGUUCAAAAUCCAAUUUUUUUAAAAAAAUUUUUACAUAAUGUGGUCUCUAGCAUUGAAAAAAAGAUUUUUUUAGUGAUCGAAAAAAACUUUUUGAUUUCUAUAUGUUUCUUUUUAUUUUUUUAAUCCGAUUGGUCGCAUCGAUUCACCUGUAGCACGUGGACCCGAUACUGAGUGAACAAGACCAGAAAGAAAAAAAAACCGAAACGAAACGAAUUUUUCUGCCCCUAUGAAUUGUUUUUGACGGCGCCGGCGACGUUUAAAAUGUCGACUGUUUCAAAAAUUGUCCGAAUUGUGUUGACGACGUCAGGUGGCUGUGUAUUUACCUGUUCAAUUUGCUGCUGUUUUUUUGGAGUUUUUCGACAAAAACGACGCGAAAUGAGCCAGAAGCAAGAGGAGGACAUUAGGUAUGGUCGGUUUAUUCGAGAAGAUUUUCAGUAAAUUGAAGAGGGGUAAUUGAAAAGGACAUAGAUCAAAGUAUUUUUUUAAUAUUCUGAAAUUUUGAAGUCAUUCUGAUUUUCUUCUAGAGUCAUUCUUUGAAAAAAAAACUCAAGAGACAAAAAAAACUUGUCGGAAGACACCAAGUGAUCACUUGAGGAUAGGGAGGAAAACAUUUUUGGAAGUGUUAGAGGGUAAGAAAUAACAAGAAUUUUCUUCCAAAAAUUUCGAAAGAACUAAAAGUGGCCACCUUUAGAACUUUUUCCAUUUUUUUAAAAUGAUUUCUGAGGUUUAGAAUCAUAAAAACUCAGAAAAUCAUACAAUAUGUUCUUGAAACUCAAGCUGAAAGACUUUGUAGGUACCCAAGAAGGCACUUAAGGGAUUUCGAAGUUUUCAAGGCACCUAUUAAAGAGAUUGAAGGGUUUGGUUUUUCGUGUUUUUUUCGUGAAAAAAAGUCGCUUUUUUUGCUUUUUUUGGAUUUUCAUGUAGUUUAAUAUUUCAAGCUAGUUUUUUUCAUGAUUCAUAUCCAUUUCCAGAAAAAAAUCCCUUUUUUUCCGAUAUGAGCUGGGGAUAAGUCCCUGGAUAAAAAAGCAUUUUCGAGAAUAUCAUUUUUUUCGAAAGUUCAUUCUUGAAGAUAGAAAACUGGAAAAUUUGUGCGGCGAUGAAAACUUUCAAUUGUCGACUUUAUAGCUCGUGGUUUUCCUUACUCUUUGGGAGAAACAGCUAUUUUAAAUUUAAUUUUAGUGAUUUCCGUCAAUUAUCGUCCAUUUUCAACCGAAAGACAAUUUUGUAGGUACAAUUUUCUCCUUGUGACGCAAAUUUUAAAAAAGCGGUUUUUUUUUGUUUUGAAACCCACGCCUUCAAUUAUUUUCAUUCAUUUUUCUCUUUUCGAAGCCCAGAAUUAUAUUUCUUUUUUCCAUUUUUUUAUUGUAGAAUUUAAUGGAUUUUGCAUAAUUGUGGGUUUGAAAGAUUUUGCGAGAAAUGAUUUAUUUUGAUCUUUUGAAGAUUUGGUUUUCAAUUUGAAAUUGUGGAAGUUAAAUCGAAAAAAAUAAAGAUUUAGCAUCGAUUUCGAUGCAAAAUAGACGAACUUUUAUCGAAAUAAAAGUGAUUUUUUUUCUUGAAAACUUGGAAAAUUUGCAGGUUGAGAUUUUUUUCGUAAAAAUCGCAGAGUGCAGAGUAAAAUCAUUUUCCUUUUUAACCCCGUUCCGACCUUGAGAAUCGAAAACCCAAGCUCGAACCUUUCUCGCUUCUGAAAAUUCAACUAAUUCAGUGAACCGAACAAAGGUUGUCUCUUCAAUACCACUACAUGAAUUAUUCAAAGUGAGUUUCAAAGGAAGGUGCCAGAAAAAACUCGCCUUUUCCCGUCUUCUUUUCCUCAAAGCCAUUUCGAGAGGGAUUUUGUGUCGAAUUUCAAUUUUUUUUUCUCAUUUUGAUAGAGCGGAUUUCCGGCUGAGUGUGUGCCGUUCGAAAUUGUUCACUUCUAUUUUUUGGGGCCUGCAAAAAUUCACGUUCGAUCUUUUUCUAUUCCAUUUUUUUAUAGGAAAAAAAGGGUUUCAACUUCACUUUUUAAAGAUUCUUGCAAGAAUUAAAUUUGAAAAAAAGCUCCCAUUGGAUAUUUGGAAAAAUAUGAAAAGGAUAGCUUUUAUGAAAAUACUAAAAAGAAUAAGGGGGAAAGAACGAUUUGUAAGAAAAAACCAUUUUUGAAUGUAAAAAAACUGCUAUGAACUUUUGUAGGUCUAAUUCUUGGCUUUUUCAGAUAAUGGUUUAAUUUUUUUGAGAUUUUCCUUCUCUUUCACUUUUUUUAGGCUGUAGAGUUUGUUUGAAACUUUUUGACCUAAUAGUGAGAUUGAAAAAGACAAAAAAAGUUAUGAUUUCGCGCCAAAAUAACGCGUCCUCUUUUUGUCGAGGCGUUAUUUUUUUUUCCAAAUUUUUUUCACACGGUUCAUUGAUUUUUCUUCUGAGCCGAUUUCAUAAUAAAAACACUUUAAUAAAUUCCCUUUUUUCAAUUUCCAAUUCUUAGAAAGCAAUUUGAAAAAAAGUUAUCAAGUUUUUUUAAAACUUACUGGUUUAAUUUUUGAACGAAAAAAACCUUUUCACGAUUUUUUUCAUCCAACUGAGGUUUGAACUGUCUAUACUAGUCUUAUAUAAUAGAUAUUUGUUGUAGAUUCAGUGGAAAAAAAGAAGAUGAAAGUGAUAAAAAGGUGAGGAUAAAAGCGCACAAAUCGGAUUUUCCUCGCCCCCAACCAACGGACGGAUUAGCCGUUUUCCCCCGAUUUGCACCUUGAAAAACGUUUUGUAAAUCGUCUUUCAAUAUAAAAAUUGAUUUUGGAUUGAAAUUUAUGCUUGUAUUUCACGACUAGCUUCUCACACAGUUCGAGAGAAUACAAGCGAAAAAGCGCGAGAAAAGAGGAGAGAUUAGAGAAAUAUGCUCCCGAUUUUUGCUAUUAACUUUCUGUUAGUUGAGUUUGUUUACAUACUCUAUAAUAAAUCCUAUGAAAAAGGCGAAACUUUCAACAAAAUCCGUCAAUAUUUAUUGUUUUUUUCCUCUACCAUCCAUUUGUGGCCAGAUGUCUUUUUUUCAACAGUUUUUAAAAGCUUUUUUUCAAACAUUUUAUUUGUCAUUUUCCCUGUUCUGUUGAUCGUUUCAUUGGGUCGAGAAAUGGUUUUUUUAAACUCUUAUAUUUUGAUUUAGUUCGAUUUCAAACUGUGAAAAAAAUGGAAAAAGUUACAAAAAUUUUACAAAAACUCAUUAAAAAAAUUUUUUUCUCGCUGUAAUACUAAUCAAAUCACACAACUAUCAACUUGUUUUCUAAUAUCGCAAAGUUCAAUUUUUUCUCAGCUUUUCAUGAUUAUCUUUUCUUUAAAACCCCAAGAAAAACUGCCAAUGUUUUUGUAUGGUUUUCGGGAAAAUCGUCCUUGAAUAGUGCCAGUUAACCUAGAAAAUGUGUAGGUUGAAGAUAUUCCUUCCUUUCAAAUUUUUUCUAUUCUUUUUUUUUUAAAUGUUGUGUCGGGCUUCUGUUUUUCCUCGUUGGGAGGAGAGAUUUUCGUGAUUUGAUAAUGGAAAAAGUUAGGAAGCAAUUCUGCGCUCUGUUCUUCCUUGUUCUUCUCAAGUUUUUUUCAGUUUGUGUCAAAAAGUUUUGCUCACGUUUGAUUUUUUCCUGUGGCGUUUUUCAGAUAAUUUUGUGAGAAAAUCCCGGAAAAAAAUAGAAAUACUUUUUAAAAUUGACCUUUUUAAAUAAAAUAAAAUUGUGCCAAUUUUGAAGAUUUUUUUCUCUAAAGUCUUCAGUUUUUUUGCGAAUGAUAUCAUUUUUUUAACGGAACACAUUAACCCAAUUUCAAAAAAAUUUUUCCAAAAAGGUUAAAAUUUAAUAAUAGCUUUUUUUGCGAAGUUGAAUCAAUUCCCGAGCAAAAUAGAAUCACUUUUAACUUAUUACGACAAUAUUGGGAGUUUUAUUGUUCUUUGAAAAGUUUUUGAUCUCGUUAAACUCUUUUUUUUAAGUUUCAGUUUUUAAGUUUAAGUUCCUUUUCGCACUCCGAACUUUCGAGUUUAAUUACGUUAUUUAAGAGAAAAAGGCCAAUUAUUUUGAGAAAAAUGCUCUUUUCUACAUGGGUAAUUUUUCCUGAUAUUUACACGAUGAAGCCAUAUUUUUUUCAGUUCAAAGUUCAUUUUUUGACGAUACGUUAGAGAAGUAGGUUUUUAGUUUUUCUCUGGCGUCUCUUCAGUUCGCCCUUGAUCUCUUGUGCUCGCUGUUUUUUACCGUUCUUGACUUCAAAUCCACUCCCGUUCCAUUAUUCUGUGUUUUUCAAGAUCUCUUUUUUUCCUCUUUUGGUUCGACAUUCACUUCCACCUAAAUUGUGACUUCCGUUUGACGGAAACGCUUAUUGAAAACGAAGAGAGAACGCGCAGAUCGCAGGGAACGACUUUGGAGCGAAAAAAAAGGAGUUGUUCUGGUGGAAGAGGCGUGGCAGAAGGAAGGGACAACAACUGGAAAGAAAAAAAAAGGAAAUGCGUUCUACUUUCGAGCAGCUUUUCCAUGGCAUCAGGUGCAGUUUCCCACGUCGACUUUAGUCUGGUAGAGGAGGAACGCUUCUUCUUCUUCUCCUCCCACUUCUUCUGAAGAUUCUUCUCAUUAGCUAGGCCCGAUAUUCCAUGCUUUUCCGAUGCAGUUCCAUGCGCCGCCUAUCUUCACCCAUAACAAUGGUGUCUCGGCGCCGAGGUAUUUUGAAUCUGAUGGUGAUUGUAACCGUGGAAUGGCUCUGAGCGUCGCGGUCACGAUGCGCUCUACCGUUACCGGAUGACCACACGCGCAAGUCGUGUUGUGGUCGGACGAACCUUGAUUCAAACGAUUCGCAGCCGUUACGCUUUAGGUCAUUCCAUAUGUGCGACUGUUGAUCCAAAAUUUGGACCGAUCUUCGCAAGUUUAGAGAGUUGAAGCUAGUUGAUCCGAUUUAUAAGUUGGUUUCUAGAAAAAUCGAACUGUUGUCUGUGAGUUGAUAUUGCAAACUUUUCGGUGGUUUUUUUUAAUGAAAAGUCUCGACUUCUGAUCUUGCAUCAGUUCAAUUUAGCGAGAAUUUCCAUUUUCUUUUUCAUAAAACUGACUUUAUUAUAAAACAGCAAAAGUGAGUUCGAAGCCAACAUGAAGCGGAUUUCAUUGAGAGAAAAAUAGGUUGUUUUGGGCUCUUUUUUCAGUGGUUUAUGAAGCGAUUCAAUUGGCGGGUCGUAUUUUUUCAUUCAAUUUCAUUUCAAGAGAGAGUUGAAGUCAAUGGGGAGAAAUUAUGUGUGUGAAAGUCUUUUGAGGGAAAGAUUGAAAGGAAAUUCGGGAGAAGUUUUCCAUGGCUGGAGCUUUGAAUUUUAAUUUAUUGGAUUUUUUUGAAGAACAGAACUCAGGAGUUCCUUGGAGACUUUUUUUUUCAAAAGCGUACGGAUAGUAAAAAUGUAGGUUCGAAUUGAAAACGCUAUUUUGUGAGAUUUUUUUAUUGCAUAUCAAUUGGUCUACUUGAAGUCGCACAAAAGCUUCUGUUUUAAAAAAAAUUGAUUCAAAAUGAGAAAUAAAACGUAUGCAACGUUUUGAAAAAGCCAAAUGAGCGUUUUGCAGCAAGGUUGCUCAGUGGACAAAACAUAGAAAAAAAUUUCGUUCCUUCUUCAUUUUUUGAUUUUUUCGUGAAAUCUUCAUAAAAAAAUUUUUUUGGUGAAUAUGGGAGUAUCUUCAUUGAAACCCAUUCUUGUGGCUCAAAAUUUAAAAUGAUAUUUGCUUGAAAAUUAAGUUUUUUUUUUGAGACUGUAAGUACAUCAAGGUAAUGCGACGUAAAGCUUUACAAAAUUACGAAGAAUAUUUCCCUUGGUUUUCAUGAAUAAAAUUGAUUUUUUGCAGUUUGACGGGCCUGGUGAUUCUUUCGAUUGUCCUCACGGCGAUCGCCAUCAUUUUCUUCGGCUGCUACUUGAUGAUGCGGUUCAUGCACCGAGCCUUGUCCAGCGACGACACCAAGGACAUGUUGGGUUCGUUAAGAGCUCGUUGAUUCAAUUAUGUACACAACUUUGGGCUCUUUUCAGAGAGAAGAAAGUGAAAUGCUUUUGUUUUUGAGCAAUUUUCCAAAAGUUCGUUUAACCUUUCCUUAUUUUUGUUCCCAAGUAAUUCCAAUGAUGAGCAGCUAUGUGAAGUAAUAAUAAACGAUCCUUGAAAAAAAAAGAAUCGUUUUUAACUAAUAUAGGUUCAAAUUCCAAAUCUUCUGCGAAAACCGCCACGUCAUCAAGUUCUAAUUCUGAUCUUUUCUUUUCGAACGUCUUGAAGCCCAAAACAUGAUAAAAGUUCGAGAAAUCUUCAUAGUUUUCUUCAAAAGAACUUUAAGGCUGCCAACUCUCUGAAAUGAAACUCAUUUGGACUUUUUCUCGCGCCGAAAUAGCAUUUGCCCAAAAGUUGGAUCGGAAACGCGUCGCCAUUGAGAUUUUUGACGCGCUGCCCGAAAUCUCCGAGCAGAACAAGAGAAAAAAGCGAAGAAGAUAAAUUGGAUUCAAAUGGCAAGAGAUAUGGCUCCUUUCGGCUUUGGAUUGAAAUUUCAAAACUGAAAAAUGGGUGAAAAGCUGGAAAAGAAAUGGUUUUCGAAAGAAAAAAUGAAUUAUGCUUUUCAACAAUCAAAGAUCACGACCCUUAAGUGACCAUUUUUGUAUAUUUUUUAGUUGUUUCUUGACAUUGAGAAGUUCAAAAAAAGGCUUAAAAUUGGGAGAAAAAGUUUUUCUGAGAAAAAAACUUCAGAGUUUUUAUAACUAAAAAUCUGAAUCUUCUGAAUCCAAAUUGAGCAUUUUGAGGGCAAUCUAUUUUAAUCCGGUCUUUUGGUUUUUUUUUUCAGUUAGUUGUCGAAAAAAACGUUUUUAAAUGUAGAAAAAAGGGCAAAAGUCAUCAAAAUCAAUAAAAAAAAAGCCAUUUUUCAGUUGUUUUCAAGUUAAACUGAAUCUUUUGAUCAGUAACUAUAGUUUUCUCCUCUUCUUACAUUCAAUAAACAAUAUUUUUAGCGGCUUCAAAUCAAUAUCGAGACGUGGUGAUUCAUUCGAAGCGGGUCUACGAAAUUCAGGCCGAAGAAGGCUGUUUCAGUGGUCCGCCCGACCCUCUUGAUCCGUCCGGUGAUCUUGAGUAAGUUUUUCGAAUUGAAAAAAAUUGAAUGCAUUUCUACCAUAAAAAUGGGAAUCUGUUUCUCUUUGACCUUCAAUGAACCCCUUCAAAAAUUUCGCUCCUUUUUCUAAACUUUCCCACUUAUUUAAAAAAUCAAAAGAUUGAACGAAAAAUUCUUUUCUGAAACUCUGUCAGUUGAGUGCUACUUGAGGCUUUUUCUUCCCCUAUUUUUUCAAUCUUCAGUGUUUUCAGUAAGGACGAUCUGAAGGAAAAGUCCGGAUCGGCGACUUCCCUCUCCUCCGUCGUCGAUGAGGAAGAGAAGAAGCUAAAAAAGCCCGAACAGGGCGAUUUGCGGGCGAUUCGUAGUGGAGAGAGCUACGAUGAUGACCCGAGGGCCAUGCUUCGCAAGAAGCAAAAGGUGAUUAAAAGUUCAUUGGAUUUUUUUUCGCGGAAAGAAUACAUUUUUGAUCGAAAAAUGAUAGCAAAAGGAAGGAGAGAGAUAAACUGUGGCCUGAGGAGAUUUUAGAGAAUCUAGAUGUUCCUCAUUUCCUCAGCGUCUCUUCAGAUCGCCUCUGAUCUCUCAAGAACUUUUUUCAAGAUAACUUUGAGAACUAGAAACUAGAGAUCAGCUAUGAACUGAAGAGACAACAGAGAACUAAAGAUCCAUUGUUUUCCUGACGUCUUUUUGCAACGCAGCUGAUCUUUCGCUAGAUUCUUUUCUCGCCUUGAUAUGCUCAUUUACAGUAAAACCGGUUCACAGUGAGAAACUGCAAUACCAUUUUUCAGUACAUAAUGAAAAAUCUUCAUAAUUUGCAGGUUCAUAAAGACUCGGUUUGCGCUUUCUUGUUCCGACCAGAACCUGAGCCGAGGAUGGUGUGA